AUGAAAGCGUGCAUAGUUCUGUGUUUGGUCGCGUUGACGGCUGCGAAGCCGGUCGAGGAGGCCGACAAAUUCGUGUCGGGGCUCCGAGACUGCCUGGAGACUGACACCAUGCUGUGCCUCAAGGAAAAAGCCAUGAAAUUCACCGACAACCUGGCAGUGGCCAAGGACUUUAGCCUCGUGGACGGCAUCUCCUUCUCCAGGACCGGUUCUCCCAGGUCUGCCAGGAGCUACGAGCCACUCCCAGAAGAUCCCAAGGCCAGGGAAAUGAUGGUUGAGGAGAGGAUCUUGGAUAAUGUGGUAGACUUCCUGGACAGCCACACACUGCAGUUGAGGAUGCCCAGGUCUCUUCUGGAUGAGGAAAACAGCGUAGACGAAGAAGGUCGUGGCAAGAAGAAGAAGAAGCUGAAGAAACUCCUCCCAAUCCUCGCGCUCAUCAAAUUGAAGUUGGCCGCUCUCAUUCCUCUAUUCCUCGGCAUCAUCGCUUUUGCCGUCUUCAAGGCGUAUAUUCUCGGCAAGAUUGCCUUUAUAGCUGCUGCUUUUGGAGCUAUUAAGAAGCUUCUGGAGUCCAAGAAGUCCAGCGGCUGGUCAGAGCCUCCCCAUGAGGAGCACGGGUGGGAAAGCAGCGGCGGUUGGGGCCGUUCCCAGGACGCCCAAAACCUCGCUUACGCAGCCCACGCUAAGCAGGACUAA